AUGGCGCUCCCGCCCUGCCGCGCCACCCUCGCAGCGGGCCGGCACGCGGCGCGAAACACUACGACGCUGUGUCUACGGUCUCUGUCCACAGCCGAAUCUUCCUACAAGACGGCCAAUACGAUGCCCCAGGACGGCUCCGGCUCUGUCGGGCGGUGGAACCAAACGCCCCCCGCGAUGAGGGCUCCGAUGCGCAUGAACUUUGCAAAGCACGAGCACAACCGGGUCUGGAUCGUCAACAAGGACCCCAAGCGCCUCGACGACAUGUACGAUCGCCUGCUCGGGCCUGGUGGCUGCGAAAUGUUGCCCGACGAGCUCAAGUGGCUGGCUGUCACCCAUAAGAGCUUCGACUAUGGCCGCCGCGGCUUCAACGACCGCCUCGCCCUCUUGGGCCGGUUGACGCUCAUCAUGGAGGCGACAAAGGACAUUGUCAGCAAGCCGCCGCUCGCCAAACAGACCGCCCCAGACGCGAAUGCCAAACUGCCGACCCAGCAAUCGCGACUGGACGCUGUCGACAAUCUCUCCCAUACGGGCCCCAAGGACCUAGCCAGCGUGGACAAGCUGUAUAAGCUGGCCACCAAGAUGGGAAUCCUGAGCGUGAUGCGGUGGAAGCCUCGCCUAACCCAAGAACUGGAGCAAUCCGGUGUCCAGACCGUCCUUGGCGGCGCCUUGCUGGCCAUCAUCGGCGCAGUAGUGUUGCAGCACGGAUCUGUCGUGGCGUCCAAAAUCGUGAGAGAGCGGAUACUGGCCAGGCUAGCCAGAUUAUAA